UUAUUUCUGUUCCCCAUUCUUCUAUGUCCCGUAGAAGCUCCCUUAUAAACAUCGUAGACAUGCUCUCGCGAUUCUUCCUAACGAAUUGUGUCAAGUGUUGAGAAAAGUGGAACAUCCCUUAUCUUAAUCGUGUCAUUCUUUAAUUACAUUCAAUCUCGUUACCUUCCCUCGUUCGUUUUUAAAAAGAAUGUAUAGAUAUUCUGCGAAUUGGAUAAGUGCGUGCUGGCUGUGUCUUACGCUCUUCGUCAGGGGAUCAUCGACCACUUUAUACGAAACGCCACCCCAUAUUAUUGUAUUUAUGGUCGACGACUUGGGAUGGAACGAUGUUAGUUUUCACGGAUCCAAUCAAAUACUAACGCCAAACAUCGACGCUCUCGGAUACAAUGGGAUUAUAUUAAACAAGCAUUACGUACUGCCGUCGAGUACACCGUCCAGAUCAGCCUUCUUCACUGGGCUGUACCCAAUCCGUAUCGGAAUGCAAGGGGACGAGAUUCGCGGUGGCGAACCACGCGGUCUUCCAUUGGACGUAAAAAUUCUACCGGAGCAUUUACGAGGUUUAGGAUACACCACGAAAUUAAUUGGGAAAUGGCACAUGGGGUAUCACACGCCUCAGUACACGCCGUUGCACAGAGGGUUCGAUACAUUCUUCGGUUUCUUCAAUAGUCAUAUAUCUUAUUUCGACUACAGAUACUCGUCUCAGAACAUGAGCGGAUAUGAUAUGCACCGCGGGGACGAUCCAGCUCACGGGUUCAAUCGCGAAUACGCUACAGACUUAUUCACCGAAGAAGCGACCAGGAUAAUCGAGAACCACGAACGUGGCAGACCGCUCUACCUUCAAAUUUCGCAUCUCGCAGUUCACGCUCCCUUAGAACACCCCAUGGAUCAAUAUAACGACACGCAGUUUGAACAUAUUCGCGAGCCGAACCGCCGCAAAUAUGCCAGAAUGGUGACAGAGCUAGACGAGUCCCUGGGGCGAAUAGUGCACGCGUUAGGCGAUCGAGGAAUGCUCAGGGAGUCCAUCAUUUUAUUUCUCACCGAUAACGGAGCUGCGUCCAUCGGUAAAUCCAGAAACUGGGGCUCGAACUAUCCUUUAAGAGGUACGAAGUACACUUUGUACGAGGGAGGCGUGAGAGGCGUGGCGGCCAUAUGGUCACCGAGGUUGCAAAAGACUGCACGCGUAUCAAAUCAGUUGGUGCAUAUAUCAGACUGGCUACCGACUUUUUAUGUCGCGGCCGGUGGAGAUCUGAAGGAUCUCGGUGUGAUCGACGGCGUGAAUCAAUGGCACGUGCUCAGCGAGAAUCGCGGAAGUGGCAGAGACAAACUUUUGUUAAAUAUCAAUGAACUGACGAAGACCGAAGGUGCUAUAUACAGUCGUUUCAAACUGUUGCGAGGUACCGUCGAUAAUGGUUAUUACGACGGAUACCAUGGCGAUGCGGGGAUUUUAUAUGGGAGGCCAUUCGACGCGAGGCCAUUAGACGCGCCGUCGUAUACGGACUUGAUAAUAAAAAGCUCGGUUUCUCAAACUAUAAAUAAUUACCUGGGUGGUCCAGUGACACAACCGACCACGAUAGCGCGAUUACGACAGGAAGCAACGGUCAGGUGUUACCAAAACUCGGCCAACUACCAUAGACACGUGUACACGACUUGCAACGUGACCGAAUGUCUGUUCGAUACAUUGCAGGAUCCUUGUGAAACUAAGAACGUUGCCGAAUCGUAUUCCAAGAUUGCGAAGACUUUGGAUGAUUAUUUGGAACGUUGCGGACGGUUUUUGAAGAGACAAGUAAAAAUUCCCGUCGACUGGCUGGCCGAUCCUAGGAGAAGGAACGACACGUGGGAACCGUGGAUGAAUUCGGGCGCUACGGUUUACGUACCGAACGCUGCAACAGUUCUAGGCAACUUAGUGUUUUGCAUUCAGGUUUCAAUUAUUUUCGCUUCGAUGCUGUUAAACGUAUUUGUUUAAACAUUCGAUUAAACGCCAUUGUAGCAUAAAUAAAGUAUAUUCGAAUUAAGGAAUUAUA